UCCGGCCUCCGUGGCCGGUGACCAGCGGGUCCCGUUAGGUCUGAGGAGGCAAUGGCGGCACGCGCGUUGAGGCUGCUGACUACGCUGCUGGCGGUCGCCGCCGCUGUCUCGCGGGCCGAGGCCGACUCGGAGGCGGGGUGGGACAUGGCGGCUCCUGAUCUGCUCUUCGCGGAGGGGACCGCUGCCUACGCGCGCGGGGACUGGGCCGGGGUGGUCCUGAGCAUGGAGCGGGCGCUGCGAUCACGGGCAGCCCUGCGCGCCCUCCGGCUGCGCUGCCGCACCCAGUGUGCCGCCGACCUGCCGUGGGAGCUGGACCCCGCCUCGCCCCCAAGCCAGGCUCAGGCCUCGGGCGCCGCCGCCUUGCACGACCUGCACUUCUUCGGGGGCUUGCUCCGCCGAGCCGCUUGCCUGCGCCGCUGCCUCGGGCCAUCGGCUGCCCUCUCGCUCAGCGAGGAGCUGGAGUUGGAGUUCCACAAGCGAAGCCCCUACAACUAUCUGCAGGUCGCCUACUUCAAGAUAAACAAGUUGGAGAAAGCCGUGGCAGCAGCACAUACGUUCUUCGUGGGCAAUCCUGAGCACAUGGAGAUGCGUCAGAACCUAGACUAUUACCAAACCAUGUCUGGGGUGAAGGAGGCCGACUUCAAGGAUCUUGAAGCCAAACCGCAUAUGCACGAGUUUCAGCUGGGGGUGCGCCUCUACUCGGAGGAGCAGCCGCAGGAAGCCAUACCCCACCUGGAGGCAGCGCUGCAGGAGUACUUCGUGGCGGAUGAGGAGUGCCGGGCCCUCUGUGAAGGGCCCUAUGACUACGACGGCUACAACUACCUGGAGUACAACGCUGACCUCUUCCAGGCCAUCACAGAUCAUUACAUCCAGGUCCUCAGCUGUAAGCAGAACUGUGUCACCGAGCUUGCUUCCCACCCAAGUCGAGAGAAGCCCUUUGAAGACUUCCUCCCGUCUCAUUAUAACUAUCUGCAGUUUGCCUACUAUAACAUUGGGAAUUAUACACAGGCCAUUGAGUGUGCCAAGACCUAUCUCCUCUUCUUUCCCAACGAUGAGGUGAUGAGCCAGAAUCUGGCCUACUAUACAGCCAUGCUUGGAGAAGAGCAAGCCAGGUCCAUCAGCCCCCGAGAGAGUGCCCAGGAGUACCGACAGCGAAGCCUGCUGGAGAAAGAACUGCUCUUCUUCGCUUAUGAUGUGUUUGGAAUACCCUUUGUUGACCCGGAUUCAUGGACGCCAGAGGAGGUGAUUCCGAAGAGGCUGCAAGAGAAACAGAAGUCAGAACGGGAGACAGCCGCCCGCAUCUCGCAGGAGAUCGGAAACCUCAUGAAGGAGAUUGAGACCCUUGUGGAAGAGAAGACCAAGGAGUCACUGGACGUGAGCAGGCUGACCCGGGAAGGUGGCCCCCUGCUUUAUGACGGCAUCAGUCUCACCAUGAACUCCAAAGUCUUGAACGGUUCCCAGCGGGUGGUGAUGGAUGGCGUGAUCUCUGAUGAUGAGUGCCAGGAGCUGCAGAGACUGACCAAUGCAGCAGCAACUUCAGGAGAUGGCUACCGGGGUCAGACCUCCCCACACACCCCCAGUGAAAAGUUCUAUGGUGUCACUGUCUUCAAGGCCCUCAAGCUGGGGCAGGAGGGGAAGGUCCCUCUGCAGAGCGCCCACCUGUACUACAACGUGACGGAGAAGGUGCGGCGCGUCAUGGAGUCCUACUUCCGCCUGGACACCCCCCUCUACUUCUCCUACUCCCACCUGGUGUGCCGCACUGCCAUCGAAGAGGCACAGGCUGAGAGGAAGGAUGGUAGCCACCCAGUCCACGUGGACAACUGUAUCCUGAACGCCGAGGCCCUCGUGUGCAUCAAGGAGCCGCCUGCCUACACAUUCCGGGACUACAGCGCCAUUCUUUACCUGAAUGGAGACUUCGAUGGAGGAAACUUCUAUUUCACUGAACUAGAUGCCAAGACCGUGACAGCGGAGGUGCAGCCCCGGUGUGGAAGGGCCGUGGGAUUCUCUUCCGGCACUGAAAACCCGCACGGUGUGAAGGCCGUCACCAGGGGGCAGCGCUGCGCCAUCGCCCUGUGGUUCACUUUGGACGCUCGACACAGUGAGCGGGACAGGGUGCAGGCAGACGACCUGGUGAAGAUGCUUUUUAGCCCAGAAGAGAUAGACCUCCCCAACGAGCAGCCCCAGGAAGCCCAGGAGGGGCACCACCAGCCUGUACAGGAGUCUCUCUCCAACAGUGAGUUGGGGCGCAAGGAUGAGCUCUGACAGCUCACACAUGGGUGGUGACUGGACCACGUGAGGAACUGUCCUGCAUCCUGAACUGGCCAGCCCUGGCUGAGGAGCAGUGGGGACCUUGGGUCUGCCGCCCAGCUGAGGGGACUCCACUCACAGCCGUCCACACGGUGCUACCGCUUUUGUAGUGGACAUGGCAGGACAGCCACUCCCCGCUGGACCUGACUGAGGACUCAGGACGCAGGCCCAGAGCCCCUGCGGGGGCCUGCACAGGCAGCCGUGUGACAGCAGUACAGUAUUUAAGUGUCUGUGUAGACGUCCAAAGAAUAAAUGAUUUGUGGUUUUGUA